AUGGGCAGACUUGCGGAGAUGCAGCGUAAGCUGCUGGAGCAAAUGAUGGGCCCAGAGGCGAUGGGCGUUGCCAACGCCAAUCUGCAUUGGUCGGACGAGAAAGUCUGCAGGAACUUCCUCUGCGGAACAUGUCCGCAUACCCUCUUCACAAAUACCAAAAUGGACCUUGGCGCGUGCCCAAAAUCCCACACGGAGCGGCUGAAGACGGAGUUCCUCGCUGCGAGGGAGGCCAAUCCUAGCGACCCCAUCUUCCAACGUUUCCAGAUGGAGUAUGAGUCGAACAUAUUCUCGUUCGUAGACGAAUGCGACCGCCGCAUUCGGGCGGCGCACAGGCGAUUGGAGAAGACGCCUGAAGAGAACGCCAAGACGACAAACCUGAUGAGGGAAAUUGCCGAAAUUGAGCUGGCUAUCCAAGGCGGUACGGAGAAGAUUGAAACGCUUGGUGAGCAAGGCAAGGUGGACGAGUCGAUGAGGGAAAUGGCCGCAAUCGAAGCUUUGAAAUCGGAGAAGGCAGACAAGGAGGUUCGGGAGUUGCAACAGCUGACAGACACGUCCGGCGCAUCUGGUCACCAGAAGCUGCGCGUGUGUGAAGUGUGCGGUGCAUACCUGUCGGUCCUGGAUUCCGAUCGGCGUCUUGCAGACCACUUUGGUGGCAAAAUGCACUUGGGUUACCACGAGCUUCGUAACAUGCUUGCGAAGUUCAAGGAAGAUCGUGAAAACCGCAAGACAGCGCCCCCUGCUGCCUCUGCACCGGCUCCGGGUGGCCCACGGCCCAGCGGUGGCGACUACCGAGCCUCCGGUGCUCGAGACGAUUAUCGUGAUAGAGGUUAUGACAGAGACAGGCAUUCAUCAUCGCGCGGAUACGAGUGA